GUCUUCAGCGACAUAAGAUGAUAAAAUGCCAAUUUGCUGGCUUAUCAGCGAGGAGCGCAAUCAUAAACCUAUCCGACUGCCUCACCUGCAGACAGUUGUCCUGGGUCGAGGUCCAGAGACGACUAUUAAAGACAAAAAAUGCUCGCGGCAGCAAGUUGAAUUGAGAGCUGAAUGCAACAAAGGUUAUGUCAAAGUUAAACAGCUGGGCUUGAAUCCGACCUCCGUAGACUCAGUGGUGGUGGGUAAGGACAGUGAGGUGAAAAUGAAGCCCGGACAGAAGCUUCACAUUGUCAAUCAGCUCUACCCAUACACUGUAAUGUUCAAGGAGGAUCCCACUGGGGAUCAGGGCGGUGGCACCAAAAGACCCCGAGAGUCGGCUUCAGAGGACAGAGAGAGCCGCAGAGAGGCUCCAAAUGUUAAAGCAGCCAAACAGACAGAACAGGUCUCUGUGUCAGUCAGUCAGGGAGAAGCCACAAAAACCAGUGAAAGUUUUGGACAUUGGAGCCAAGGUCUGAAGGUCUCAAUGCAAGACCCAAAGAUGCAGGUGUACAAAGAUGAUAAAGUAGUGGUAAUCAAAGAUAAAUACCCCAAAGCUCGCUACCACUGGCUGGUCCUCCCAUGGCAGACCAUUUCCAGCCUGAAGGCUUUACGUGACGAGCACUGCGACCUGGUGAAACACAUGCAGGAAGUUGCUGACCAGAUGAUUCAGCAGUGCCCAGAUGCUACCUCGCUGCGCUUCCGCACAGGGUACCAUGCCAUCCCCAGUAUGAGUCACGUACACCUCCAUGUGAUCAGCCAAGACUUCGACUCUCCUUGUUUAAAGAACAAAAAGCACUGGAACUCGUUCACAACUGACUAUUUCAUGGAGUCUCACGAUGUCAUUCAGAUGCUCGAAACAAACGGAAGGGUCACCGUCAAAGAAGGAACCAGCGAGCUCUUGAAACUACCUCUCCGUUGUCACGUGUGUCGCAGAGAGCUUUCUACUAUACCCGCUCUGAAGGAGCACCUCAAGUCUCACUUUCCCAGCUAAGACAGUGACUGAAGGGAAACAUGUUAGAUGUUUAUGGUUCAACACAGGACUGUAGUGUGAUGGGCAUUAUUUUUGCCUGUUAAUUUUGAUUUACGGUUUUAUAAGACUUGUUAUUAUGUGACCAGAAUACAAUGUCCAUCUGGAGCUUUAUUUGAAUUUUCAACAUGUCGCACGUCAGCAGGUUUAAGAUGCACUUAUGUUGGAUUUCAUCAGGGUUUUUCUGCCACACACUGCAUCUUUUGUUCCCACAUUUUCAAACACUAUGUUGUAUUAAAUGUUUUUCUAAGAAGUGAAUGCUGGAUUUGUGUCAUUUAAAACUGUAGCGUG